AUGCGGCCCCCCAGACCUAAAGGAGUUCCUCGAAAUAAUUAUUCAUCCACAAUAUCUGCUUUUGACAUGGGAAUCAGUGAAGAGGAGUGGGAAAGGCUACAGAAGGCUCUGGACUGGCCCGGUCCAGAUCAAGAAAUCACUCAGCUGAAUCAGAGCACAAGUCCAGUCCACUCAACAUUCUCUAUUGUGGGACUCAAGGAGAGUUACAAAGUGGGAGAAAAGAUCUCCGUUACCAUCACAGCCAGAGACCACAACAAGAACCUGAAAAGAUAUGGAGGAGAUUUCUUUAAAGCAAAACUAUUCAAUUCAAAGCUAAAGGCGAGUGUGUACGGGGAGGUUGUGGAUCACCAUAAUGGGACUUACUCUGUUGCUCUUCUUCUGCCCUGGGAAGGUCAGGCACAAGUUUAUGUGCGUCUAGAGCACUCCAGUGAGGUUGUGCAGAUUCUUAAAAAAUACAGGGAGUCCUCAUUCACACGCAGCCACUAUAAUGGCCACUUUGAAGGGCCAGGACCCAAUAAAACCAGGAUCAGUGAAGUAGUACAAUGUAAUCUUAAGUGGGGUGCAGAUGGAAGUUGGAGGAAAGGCGACUGCUGCUGUGAGUAUAAGGAUAUAAAAACAGGGACGGUGUGGCAGUGUGAGAGACCGAAGAAACUUUCUUGUGACAACCUGGUUCAUCACUCAAGAGGAGGUUUGGAAGACCCGUUAAAUCCUCUUGAGAAGCAACUUCUUACAAAGAAAUUAACAAAUGUGGCUAUUACUGGAGACAAAAAAAUAUUAAAUGUUCUUCCCAACCCUGCAGGCAUUGGCACAAAGGAGAGAUGCAGAUCUGGCAUGACGACACCAGUUCCUGCAGGGUUCUAUCUGAAAGAUGUCUGGAAGUCUUUUGUAUGCAACACCGGGCAGUUCAGUUCUGCACAAAUGGGAAACUGUCUUAAAAACAAGAUAGUCUACUUGAUGGGAGACUCUACCACAAGGCAGUGGUUUGAGUAUUUUGAAAGAAAAGUGCCAGGCAUAAAAAGAAUGGACCUCCACACUCCUCGUACCGGUGGACCCCUGAUGGCUGUAGAGAUGAAAAAUAAUAUCAUUGUUCACUGGAGGCCACACGGUGUUCCUUUACGGUUUACUAAAAUGCUCAUUACUGACCUGCAUUUUAUCAGUAAUGAUAUUGAUGAAAUAGCUGGUGGUCCUCAUGCAGUCGUUGUCUUUACAAUUUUUGCCCACUUAGUUUUUCACCCAAUAACAUUUUAUGUGCAUGAAGUGGCCAAAAUCCGUCAGUCUGUAGUUGCUCUGCUGAGUCGUGCACCAGAGACUACCGUCAUCAUCAAGUCUGGAAACACUGCAGGAGUAAAGAAUAUUUUUCAAAGUGAUUGGUAUACAGUGCAGCUGAACAUGGUGAUGCAGGAGAUGUUCAGAGAUAUUGAUGGAGUAAUCUACUUCGAUGUCUGGCAGAUGACUUCCUGUCACUAUCUAAGUGAAAAUAUUCACCCAGGCACUGUUAUCAUUGCUAAUGAGAUCCAAAUGUUACUCUCAUAUGUCUGUCCUGUCUGACAAAACCCCAAAGAAUAACAUUUACCUUGCUUCAUCGUCAUCAUCUACAGUGUACAUACAGUGAGACAAUGUACAUACAAACAAACUUGAACAAAAUGUUAACAAAUACCCUUAUGAAUAAUGCAUAAUGUAAUAUCUAACAUUUUUUAAUAAAUAAAUUGGUUACACUUUAUUUUAAGGUGUCCGCGUUAGUCAUAUUAUACAUUUAAGAACUGAGUAAUAAUAAUUAACUACAUGUACUUAGUAUAGGGUUAA